AUGGAGAACUACAUCGGCAGCGAUGCGUACGGCUACGGCUUUCUGGCCAACAAGGCCGUCUGGCACAACAAGGCGAAGCUGCAUUCGUACGGUGAGAUCUUCAAACAGGGUGACAUCAUUCAGGUCACUUUAGACUGCAACGCCAGAACGCUCGCUUUCAGUCGCAACGGCGAAUACCUGGGCAUCGCAGCGUCCAAUAUGCGCGCAGGGAUCGGUCGGUCUGGGGCCAACGGCGGGGAUUCAAACUGCAAGUGGUAUCCAGCCUUUUCGAUGUACAACAUGGACGACAAAGUCACGUUGAUUCCACCACCCGCUGUGUCGGUUUUCAACGGCAAGGACGGUCGGCCACAGAACGCAUCGACCUUUGAGCUUAUUGAUGCGAUGCAGGAUGUGUUGGCGUAUCAAAGUCACAGCGCGUAUGAAGCGUUUGAAGAUUGGAGGCGCGGACGAAAAAUAUUCCGCGAGAUCUCGCUUGGACAAAUAAUUGCGAUCGACAAAAGUAAGGCUGCCACCGAGAAGUACGGAUUGGCAGCAGGGGACUCUGUAUUUACCUCGAAAGGCCAGUGUACCGUUCUCGGUGAGUAUCGCCAUGAAUUGUGGUACGAAGUGGACGAAGCAGGCAGCUCGUCUCUCUUUGGAUCGACUACAGCUCAGCUCGCUUCUUGGAGCUUAGGCGCUUGUCGGGAGAUGUUGGCGUCACCGGAUGAAUAUCCAGUCCACCACCACCAUAAGUACAAGCUGGAGCUGGAGAGCAAGACUGGGGACGAAGCACAGACUGUGGGUUCUGCUAUGGAGCAGCAAGACUGGGCUACCAAAACUAGCGAAGAGGAGGCAAUUCCUUACCAAGAAUUCGUCGAGGCCCAAGAGCGGUGGGGUGAUAGCGGCGUCAGUGCUGCUGAGCUCGAUGCUAAGCUCAUUGCUGAACUUGAUGCUAUAGCGUCACAACAAGCUUCCAGCAGUUCAUGGGCUUUGUCGUUUGCCGACGUCUCGACAGCUCUGCUCUUGGAGAGGAUUUAUGAAGUUCACGGCAUUUCAGCAGAGCGAGGAUCGAGCCAAACAAUCGCUCGGAUUGGCUUGCUGCUCUACGUGAAUCGGUGCCUCUAUAAUGUAUCUCGGCUCGCUGUAUCAAGAAAUAUUUAUGCAACAUCUAUUGGAAGGCCUGGGAGCUCCGAUGCAUUAUCAAGUGAGCAGAACACCAGCAAGUCGCUACCUGCUAUGCUCACUACGGAAUGCAACCUGGUGUCACCCGUUGCAGCCCUGCUGAACUCGCCGCUUUGGAGACUUAGUGACUCGUCUGAUUUCAACUUUAUCUCUGCAUUGGCUGCGACACUGCUAUUUGCCUCACAAAAGGAGAGACUUAUCGGUGAAGAGCUCCGAGCAACAAGGACAACCAGUCGUUCAUCUGAGAAUCUACAAGAAUCAAGACAUAACGAAGAGGGUGGAGUGGAUAAUGAUCUUCCGGUAGUCAAGAUAAAUUAUUUGCUCCUCCCGCCAACUCCGUUCUGGGAGUGUAGCUCUAGCUCUAGACGUACCAGCCUUCGACUACCACCCUCCACUGAGACGUCGGUAUUCGUGCAGUUAGCGACACAGUUGGCUGCUCAAGAUGCUCGCCAGUGGAGACGCGAGUCCUCGCAACCAUUUGAAGCGAUCCCUAUCUCGCAGACGUUCCAGAUUCGGAUCGAUAAAUCUUCCGCCGAUCCGAGCAAGGAGACGACAAGUCAGCAGCAGCCAGACGACGAUGAAGAUGACGAUCAGCUCCAGCAGCCGUCAUCAAAGCAGACUGCGAAGUACUUGCAGCUUUUCGAGAAUGUUAUGCGAGAAGUUCAAUCGCCGAGUUUCCCGCUAUUUGCACCGGUUGAGUCGCCUCGAACGACUAGUCGAGCGUUGCAGGACAAGCUCGGCUCAACUCUUCAGCUUGACAUCAACGUGGAUCUCUUCUCGCCCUCCGCAUUGGCUCAAUCUCGAGUGCGGAUCCCUCAACUGCUACUCUGGUACUUUGGCGUUGGUCAAUGCCUCGGAAUUGCAUGGCGGAGUAAGGUCCUCUUACCGCUGCAGUUCCUCUCGAGUGCGUUUUGGAACGAGCUAGCUGCCCCCAUCGAUCGAGUUGCUCAAGUUAACGGAGACAGUGAUGAUCGGUCUGCUGCUCGUACGGCAGCUAUCCGUGCGGUCCGCGACGGGCUCUUCUCCAUCGUCCCAAGUCGAUGUGUUACGCUGAUGAGCGGCAACAAUCCGAGCCUAAGAGAACGUCUAUCGGAUGUGGAUGUCAACUACGUCGUCAGACUAGAACGCCAUGCUACCUACUCCGGGCCGCGCCAAGAUCGCCACGACAUGUUCUGGAAGGUCGUGAGCGCCUUCACAUCGCUCGAGCGGCGGAUGCUGGAGCAGUUCAUCAAUCCAGACCGACGAACCGAUAUGAAGCAGCUCGAGUCAGGGACCGAGACACCGUCGAAAUUUGUUCUGGAAAUCGCGGACGCUUUGGCCGACGGUCGAGACCACCCCGACUCGUGCUACCCCGUUGUCGUACAGAUUGGCCCGCACUCGAGUCGACUUCAUCUGCCGGCCUACUCGUCGGCUCAGACGCUGCGUCACAAGCUUAUGCUCGCCAUGACGAACAUCCCAUUCAUGUAG